AUGGAGGUUCGCUGGCAGGCUACUGAGCGGGAAUUUGGCCUUCCUGUCUCCAAGCCUGUCAGCCUUCCAGAGCCUCAGCUGACAUCCAGCCUUCCAGAGCCUCAGCUGACAUCCAGCCUUCCAGAGCCUCAGCGGACCAGCCUUCCAGAGCCUCAGCUGACGUCCAGCCUUCCAGAGCCUCAGCGGACCAGCCUUCCUGAGCCUCAGCGGACCAGCCUUCCAGAGCCUCAGCGGACCAGCCUUCCAGAGCCUCAGCGGACCAGCCUUCCAGAGCCUCAGCUGAGGAGCCUUCCAGAGCCUCAGCUGACAUCCAGCCUUCCAGAGCCUCAGCGGACCAGCCUUCCAGAGCCUCAGCUGACGUCCAGCCUUCCAGAGCCUCAGCGGACCAGCCUUCCUGAGCCUCAGCGGACCAGCCUUCCAGAGCCUCAGCGGACCAGCCUUCCAGAGCCUCAGCGGACCAGCCUUCCAGAGCCUCAGCUGACGUCCAGCCUUCCAGAGCCUCAGCGGAGGAGCCUUCCAGGCUUCCUGAGCCUCAGCGGACCAGCCUUCCAGAGCCUCAGCGGACCAGCCUUCCAGAGCCUCAGCGGAGGAGCCUUCCAGAGCCUCAGCUGA